UGUCUGUGAGUGAAGAGUUUCAAAGUCAACGGUGUCAAAGAUUAUCAAAAUAAACAUUUAUGUAUAGUUUAUCAUAGUAGUGCUUUGAACAGAUUUAAAUAAUGUUUUACAUUAAGCUACAUGUGAAAAUACUUAAUUCUUCAUGAUACAACAGAUACCUACUGUACUACAUAAUGGUCUAAGGAACAGUUCCAAAACCUCCAAGAAUGAGUUUACAAGGUAUCAAAUUAGUUACUUUCGACGUAACGAAUACUCUUCUGAAUUUUAGGAUGCCUCCCUGGCAUUAUUAUAUAACGAUAGCCAAGUCGUACCCGGGCUUCAAGGGAGCUACCGAUGACAUCAAAGCCAAGUUUAAGCAUAACUUUAAAAAUAUGUGGAUAGAACAUCCUAACUUUGGAAAAAACACUAUUCAGUGGGUAAACUGGUGGCGCGAAGUUGUAGCGUUGACUUUAAAAGAUCAUCUACCCGCCAAUACCAACAUCAAAGGCCUGGCUGAUAAAGUAAUUGAGGAAUUCAGAACAGACAAAUGCUGGGAAGUCUCCCAAGGCAGCGACAGGCUGAUCAGUCAUUUGAGAACUCUUGACUUAUCAAUCGGAGUCAUAUCAAACUUUGAUCCUCGUUUGAAUGAGAUUCUACAAAAAGUUGGGUUACUCGAUAAAUUUGAUUUUAUAUUGGCAUCAUAUGAAUUUGGGCAUUGCAAGCCUGACAAGCGGAUUUUUGUGAAAGCCAUAGACCUGUGUAAGAAGCCAGUUAAGCCAUCAGAAUCAUUGCAUAUUGGUGAUGAUGUACAGAAGGACUAUGAAGGCGCCAGAGCGGCGGGCUGGCAUGCCCUGCUAAUAAACAAACAACUGGAAUCUGAGAAAAAACUAAAUCAAUCUCAUAUCUUCAAAGAUUUAAACGACUUGAUUGUGAAUAUAGAACAGAAUAAAUUAAAAUUAUGAUCUGUUUGUUGCUGCUUAUCUGCAUCACAUACAAGUGUUUUGAUAUAAUAUUGGGAAUUUGCAACAUUGUGAAUAAAAAGAUGUUUAAACCUGCUUGGUCACUAUAUAACACUGGCAGAAUGUACUGACCAUAACAAUAAAAAAAAAACAUGAGUAGCCAGCAACAGAACCAUUUUGUUUUCAUACUUUAGAUGUUAUUUUAUGUAAUACCCAGGGGCAAUGAAAUCAUCCAUGGUUUUAUAAUAUGUUAGCAUAGAUUUUUUGUUGAAUAGUAUGUAAUGUGUAUAGUUAUUUAUGGAAUAAAAUGAAUCUGAAUA